ACAAUGACUCGGUAAAUGAUGGCUAUUAGCAAGGAAUGAGAAGGUCACGUUUAUACAUUUCAAAAGAAUCCAACGCUUCAAAGUGUCUCGUAUGAGAAGAGAAGGAAUUUUGCUUUCAUCAGAAAAAGUAAUCCACUUUGAAACCUAGAAUGCCAAGUAUCGACACCUGUUGGAAGCAAAGAAAACAACUCAAAACGCCUAGUUUUAUUUCUUUUGUCUAUUGUCAUAACCACAACAACCAAUAUGCUCUUCGUUACAGACAAAGUCUCUUGAGAAGAUCCUGCCUUCUUCCGUUGAAACCAAAGAAAGGAAGGAAUAGCAAUCUUGAUUAUUUUUGUGAAGCUUCCAAGUCUGAAUCCUAUUCAACGUCUUCAGGAAACGUUAGUUCUACUCAAUCUUUAAGUUUGACUGGGAAACUUUGGAAAACUUACACAAGUACAACUACUUUAUUGACCAACCUCUUUCCACUCUGGACUUUAUUAGUUGCUAUGGUAGCUCUAAAGAGACCAAAGACGUUUACUUGGCUAUCUACCCCUUAUUUCACUUUCACUUUGAGUGUUCUUAUGCUCAGUAUGGGAAUAACCUUAUCACCUCGAGAUUUCAAACGAAUUUGGAAGAGACCUGGUAUUGUAAUACUGCAGUUUUGUAGUUGCUAUUUUCUAGUUCCUUUAUUAGCUUAUCUUUUGGGGCGAUUGUUCAAGUUACCAUCCGAUAUUCUUGCUGGUCUUGUUUUGGUAGGCUCAGUCAAUGGUGGACAAGCUUCGAAUCUAUGUACUUAUAUAGCAAAAGGAAAUGUAGCUCUUUCGGUAAUAAUGACAACGGCAACCACUUUAGGAGCUAUUAUUAUGACUCCAUUGCUUUCCCAAUUUGUGUUAGGAACCGUUGUUCAAGUCAAUGCACUUGGAAUAGCAUGGUCAACCAUUCAAGUGGUAUUGAUCCCUAUUGCAUUAGGUAUGGCAUUGAAUAGGUAUUUCAAGUCGUUUGUCGAUAUUAUUCUUCCCGUUUCUCCCGUUAUUGGAGUUAUGGCAACAUGUUUGGUUGUUGGUUCUGCUGUGGCUCAAUGUAACCAGUUGAUUCUAAAUGCUGGAAUAUCUUUACAAAUUCCUAUUUUCUUAUUACACUUGAUUGGUGGAGUUUGUGGGUAUUUUCUGCCUCAUUUUUUGGGUUAUAAUGAAGUUGUAUGUCGUACAGUAGCAAUUGAGACUGCAAUGAAGAGUAGUGCCUUUGGCUUUGUCUUGGCUUGUUUGCAUUUUGCAGCAUACGGAGUACGAGUGCCUUGUGCAAUAUCUGUUGUUUGGAUGUCACUUGUUGGUUCUGGUUUGGCUGUGUUUUGGAGAUAUAAGCCUGUGCAAAAUUUGAAAGGGUUCCGAAGUGAUUUGGCACAACGUCUUCGUCAAAAGAGACAAAUGGAUGAAAUGAAAUGACUGAUAUUUCAUGAGGAUAAGGAAGACA